CUCCAGCACAUCAUGCAAUCCCUCUCUCGCCCGAUCAUCCGUGCCUCAGCAACGACUCCCCUCCUCCUCCGUCCUCUCACCACAACUUCAUCCACCAUGGGCGCAGGAGACACCGGCUCCCCCAAGGCGAGGGGCUUCCUUGCGGAAAAGGACCAGUUCCAACGGCGCGAGGCCGCGAAGGAGGCGAUGUAUAUUCGGCAGCUGGAGAUGGAAAAGAUUGAGCGGUUGCGUCAGAAGAUGAAGGAGUCGCAGAGACAUAUGGCCGAGUUGGAUAAGCAUUUGGAGGAAUACGCGAAAACUCAGGGCGGCGAGCAGAACUAA